UGCGCGAAGGGAAAGUCCUCCGGUAUCCCACAAUCCUCUUUGUUACCGAUUUGCGCUCUGCUUUCUGAUUCACAACACCAAGUUUUGUCGACAUCCUACCAUACAUUUGACAAUUUAUAACCUUUCUUUAUGUCUGCAUUCACCGUAAUGUCGUCAGAUAGUUAGCCGAUGAGCGACACUAACGGAUUCGUUGGUAACGUUAGGUGAUGUUUUGACCGUGAACCGGAGAUCUCUGCAGGGAUUCGAGUCGUCAGAAGAUGGCCCCUACCAAGAUGAAACUGCGUGUCCGGCGGCGGGAGAGCGGAGGGGGUGGUCAGGAACAGGAAGAAACCUCUAAGACCUCCUCUCAGUCGGUGUCGGCCGAGGCGUCUCCUGACUCUAAAUGCCCAAUCUGUCUGGACCGUUUCAACAACAUGUCUUACCUGGACAGGUGUCUCCAUCGCUUCUGCUUCCAGUGCAUACAGGAGUGGAGCAACAAUAAGGUGGAAUGUCCUCUGUGUAAACAGCCCUUCUCCUCCAUCCUUCACUCCAUCAAGGCCCAGGACAACUUUAAAGAGUUUACUCUCAGGCCACCUCCUGUUCCAGGGGAGAACGGGACCGCAAUGAUCGCAGCUGCCGAAGCAGCCGCCGCUGCCCUGGUGACCGCCAGGGUCGGUGGUAGUCAUGGAGAACGAAGGAGGACGAGGAGAAGAGGAGGGGGGCAGGGGAGAGGAGGGAGAGAGAGGAGACAGUCAGGACGACUGUGGAGAGGGAGGGGCCUCUCUUCUGCUCCUCCUCUCCCUCCUCUUCAUCCCCCUCUUCUACCCAGGCCCGAGGAUGGAGGAAUGAGAGGAGAGAUGGAUGGAGAGGACCCGGGGGUCAUCUUUGAUGGGCUGACUGGCGUGUCCGCCCCCCCACCUCACGAUCGAGGGGUGCAGCGUCUCAUGGUGCGUCUGGCUGCUAGGCGACGGUCCCAGAGAGAAGGGCGCUCCGUAAGACUGCUCCGACCACGGGAGAUGCUUUCCUUCCGCCGGGCGCUCUACCGCAGUGGCGUACGUGUCAGGAACGCCCGCGGGGGCUGCGAGAGGCCCCGUGACAUCACUGCUGCGUUUUACCAGCGGAACCCGGUUGCUCUCCAUAGACUCCUCCCCUGGUUACAGCGGGAGCUGACGGUGCUGUACGGCGCCCACGGCUCGUUGGUCAACAUCGUCCAACGCAUCAUCACCUCGCGAAUCGCACGUCACGACAUGGAGGGAGGGGGUGGGGCCAUCCAGGACGAACUCCGUCCCUUCCUGCUGGCGAGGACUGAUCACUUCCUUCACGAGCUUAUCAGUUUUGCACGUUCCCCUCUCAGUAUGGAAGUGUACGACCAGCUGUCCAUCUACGACCCUCCAGCGCCGUCCUACGAGGACAGGAUGACAUCAUCAUCUAGCGACACUGACGACUCUGUCAUCGCCAUUUCGGAUGAAGAGGAAGAGGAAGGAGGGUCGGAGGGAGAACGAGAGAGACGGCCGGUGUCGGUAGCAGGAAGUAGCGCUCUGAGCCAAUCCGCUUGGGACGAUGAAACACCAGGACCCUCCUACUCUACAGCUGAGCCGUCCCAAUCCCCCAUGCCGCUGUCGAUCAGCCCAGGGGGGAGGGACUCUGGUCCAGCGGGAGCUAAUCAGAAUCCUGCUCUGGACAUGACAGCGGCAGGGAAUGGAGAGAGGGUUGAGGAGGGAGGAGAGGAAGAGGAGGGGGAACAAUGUAUGAUAGUAGGGUUUGUUAAAGCCAUGGCUGAGAGAACUCCUGAACUGGUCCAACUCUCCUCUGACCCCUCAGACGAAGAGGGGGAGAAACAGGAGACGAAAGAGACUGUUCCCCAAACGGCGUUAACCCCUCUCUCUCUCGUUGUCCCUCCCCUCUCCAUUCCAGUUCCCCCCAUGUCUCUGUUUAAAAACACCAGCACAGAGAGACAGGGAGGAGGGGGGGAGAGACAGGGAGGAGGGGGGGAAAGAGGACUGGGAGUAAGACAUCUAGACAGAGAGAGAGAGCAGGUAGAAGAGAGACUCCUCUAUUGCCCUCUAGGGGAGAGAAGGGAGGGCAGACACCGAGAGCGGUCGUGUUCAGGAUCGCGGUCCAGAAGCAGACAUCGGUCAGCGAGCGUUUGGUCGCGGUCCGGUCAGUCCAGGAGUUCUGAACGGAGCUGGUCAGCACGGAGCCCCGUGUCUGUACGGAGCGACGACAGCCAGGAACGGCGCCGGAAGAGACGGGCGAGAGAGCGGGAGAAAAGGAGACAGGAGAAAGGAAGAGGCUCCCACGACAGAGGCUCCCACGACAGAGGCUCCCACGACAGAGGCUCCCACGACAGAGGCUCCCACGACAGAGGCUCCCACGACAGAGGCUCCCACGACAGAGGCUCCCACGACAGAGGCUCCCAUAGACAACACAGCAGAGGGCACAGGAGAGAGACCAGUGGAGGAAGUGAGAGGAGCAGAGGUAGAGAAAGAGAAAGGAUUCCAUAUGAACCAGCCAGGUCCCAAUAUUCUAACACAGGAAUAUUCUUUAGUCCGGAAAACAGCGUCCUAUCCCAUUCCCCGUCCUUAUCCCGGAGUAGCCAGCGAGGACCAGAAUCUCCUGGGGAACACCGGCAUUCCCGGUCCUCUGACAGCCUCUCUUCCUCCAGCUCCCUGUCCCAUCUCUCUGCACACAGACAGCAUUCCCGACAUUCCCCACGCUCCGACAAGCCGGGAGGGAAGAGGAAAUAUAAGACACGGCAUCUGGAAGACCCUUCCUGGGAGCCAUCCGGCUCUGCACGGAGAGAGAGGGGGCGAGGGGGGGAGCGAGAGAGGGGGCGAGGGGGGACAGAGGCCACCGCUAGCCCCCGGAAGAGCAGAGGCAGUCUGGAAGACCCUUCCUGGGAGCCAUCCAGCUCUGCACGGAGAGAGAGGGGGCGAGGGGGUGAGCGAGAGAGGGGGCGAGGGGGGACAGAGGCCACCGCUAGCCCCCGGAAGAGCAGAGGCAGUCUGGAAGACCCUUCCUGGGAGCCAUCCAGCUCUGCACGGAGAGAGAGGGGGCGAGGGGGUGAGCGAGAGAGGGGGCGAGGGGGUGAGCGAGAGAGGGGGCGAGGCGGGACAGAGGCCACCGCUAGCCCCCGGAAGAGCAGAGGCAGUCUGGAAGAGAGUGUGAAGAAGAGGAGACGUCAGUCCCGCAGCCCCAGUGUCGAAAUCAUCUAUGAAGGCAUGACCGUGACCACUGCUAGCCCCUUACGACCCAAACACAACCACAAACGCGACGGCAAACACCGGAGAAAACAACGUCACGACCGCACCCUCCAACGCUCUCCCAUGGUCAUCACUAUAGACAGCGACAGUGACAACAAACACGCGGUCCAAACGACCAGUCUGGUAGACGACCGCGCUCUGGAUUUCUCUGACCGUUCUUUGAAACUGCCUGGUCUUCCACUAGGCGGCCACAACCUGGACGUGGGGGUUGAUAUCAGUGAUUUCGCGGUCGAUGUUCUCGGCCGUUCUCUGAGCGUUUCGGACCAUAACUCGGACAUUGACCACAAUGACGGAAUCGACCAUAAAACGGAGCUCGAUGACGACUGUGUGGUUGACGUUUCUGUCAACGUCAAGGACCGCGUUCUGAACACAAACACUAAUGCAAAUGCGGUCGACCGUCCCCAGGACGCAGACGGUUAUGUUCUCCCCCAGGUCAAUCUUACCUGUGACCCUGGGGUCGCGACCUCUGACUCUCAUCUCCUAGCGACCAUCCUAAAGGACCUAGAACACAUCACACUCCCGAACCUGAACCCAGACCCUAACCACAGCCGUAAUUCAACCACACCGGACCACAGAGAGAACGCCAGGGAGAACGCCAGAGAGAACGCCAGGGAGAACGCCUGGCCGGCCAGGGAGAACGCCAGAGAGAAUGCCAGGAAGAACGCCAGGGAGAACACCUGGCCGGCCAGAGAGGAUGCCAGGGAGAACGCCUGGACGGCCAGAGAGAACGCCUGGCCGGCCAGGGAGAACGCCAGAGAGAACGCCAGGGAGAACGCACCGACUCCCUGGUCCUCUGAGGGAGAGACUAACUUCAACAGCCCUGUUUCACCUUCAGCCAAUCACUCUCCGAGUUCUGAAUCAUUCACAGACAACCACUCUGCUAGUCCUUUAUCUCCUGUAGGUCAACCUGCUAGUCCUAUAUCUCCUGUAGGUCACCCUGCUAGUCCUAUAUCUCCUGUAGGUUACCCUGCUAGUCCUAUAUCUCCUGUAGGUCACCCUGCUAGUCCUAUAUCUCCUGUAAGUCACUCUGCUAGUCCUAUAUCUCCUGUAGGUCACCCUGCUAGUCCUAUAUCUCCUGUAGGUCACCCUGCUAGUCCUAUAUCUCCUGUAGGUCACCCUACUAGUCCUAUAUCUCCUGUAGGUCACCCUGCUAGUCCUAUAUCUCCUGUAAGUCACUCUGCUAGUCCUAUAUCUCCUCUAAGUUACUCUGCUAGUCCUAUAUCUCCUGUAGUUCACCCUACUAGUCCUAUAUCUCCUAUAGGUCACCCUGCUAGUCCUAUAUCUCCUGUAAGUCACUCUGCUAGUCCUAUAUCUCCUGUAGGUCACCCUGCUAGUCCUAUAUCUUCUAUAGGUCACCCUGCUAGUCCUAUAUCUCCUGUAGGUCACCCUACUAGUCCUAUAUCUCCUGUAAGUCACUCUGCUAGUCCUAUAUCUCCUGUAGGUCACCCUGCUAGUCCUAUAUCUCCUAUAGGUCACCCUGCUAGUUCUAUAUCUCCUGUAGGUCACCCUACUAGUCCUAUAUCUCCUGUAAGUCACUCUGCUAGUCCUAUAUCUCCUGUAGGUCACCCUGCUAGUCCUAUAUCUCCUGUAAGUCACCCUGCUAGUCCUAGAUCUCCUCUCGGUCACUCUGACAGUCCUAUAUCUCCUAUAGGUUACUCUGCUGGUCCUAUAGGUCACUCUGCUGGUCCUGUAGGUCACUCUGCUGUUCGUAUAGGUCACUCUGCUGUUCUUAUAGGUCACUUUGCUGAUCCUAUAGGUCACUCUGCCAGUCCUGUACAUCACAACUCUAGUGCAGUAUCACCCAUUGUCCACCAUUCUAACAGUCCUUUAUCAUCACCCAUAGCUGGCUCUAUAUCGGUAGAAAACCCCCGCUUACCUUCUAGCACUGGGUCAUCUGUAUCGGCCAGUCCUGUAUCGGCCAGGCAUGAUCAGGAGGGGCCUGAAUCGGCCAGGCGUGAUCAAGAGGGGCCUGUAUCGGCCAGGCGUGAUCAGGAGGGGCCUGUAUCGACCAGGCGUGAUCAGGAGGGGCCUGUAUCGACCAGGCGUGAUCAGGAGGGGCCUGUAUCGACCAGGCGUGAUCAGGAGGGGCCUGUAUCGACCAGGCGUGAUCAGGAGGGGCCUGUAUCGACCAGGCGUGAUCAGGAGGGGCCUGUAUCGACCAGGCGUGAUCAGGAGGGGCCUGUAUCGACCAGGCGUGAUCAGGAAGGGCCUGUAUCGACCAGGCGUGAUCAGGAGGGGCCUGUACACUAACACGGUAUACAGCACUGACUGAUCACCUGGACACACACACUAUUACAUGAACUGCCCCACACACACACACACACUUGAACUGCCCCACACACACACACACUUGAACUGCCACACACACACACACACACUUGAACUGCCACACACACACACACACACUUGAACUGCCACACACACACACACACACACUUGAACUGCCACACACACACACACACACACACUUGAACUGACACACACACACACACACUUGAACUGCCACACACACACACACACACACACACACUUGAACUGCCACACACACACACACACACACACACUUGAACUGCCACACACACACUUGAACUGCCACACACACGCACACACACACUUGAACUGCCCCACACACACACACACCAUUUGAAUAUGCUGAGGUUGUUUAACAUUAUUUGAUUUGAAACCUGUUGUCUUCUACAAAAUGGACUCGAAUGAAACUAAUUUUCUGCAGGAAAAAAAAACAAAUAAAAUCACAUUUGACGAUAAAUUUA